AACCUAUAGAAGCAUCUUUAUCUGACACUGGAUGGGACUUUCAUUUGCAGUAAAUUUUUAAUAAGUUUUAUUGUUAUUUUAAUUUUUGUUUUUUAAAUUAAUAAAAGAAUUUAAUGUAUUUAAUUUUUUUUUAAAUUUCUAUUAAAUUUAUGAAUUGGCUAUCACCAGUGAGAAAAACGUUGUACUUUUGUUUGUCAUAGAAACUAAAAAGAAAACAGUUUCAUAGCUAUUGUUAUUGCCAUCAAAAAUUAAUAUGGUUAUUUAUUAUCCAAAAUGUUAAAAUAUAUUGCAAAUUGAAAGUGACGUGUUUCUCCACGAUACAAGUUUUAUGCAAGAUGUCUGGUAUUGUGGAAGUUAUUCUUAAUGACUGCUUACAAGAAGCGGAGUAUAACGAUGAUAAGAUAUACUAUCUGAAAGGAAAAAAAAAGGGUUCGGUCAAAUGCAUUUUCAAAAAAAAAUUAUACUAUGUGUCACCUGACAAUGAAAAUAUUUUGUACUGCGGAUACCGUAAAGAUCCUUGUUAUGCCAAAAUUAUAAAAUGUGAUGAGUCAUUUGAAGAAGAAGGGGAACACACGUGCAAAGAUCUACCAAACCGUGAUAUUGACCAUAUUGGAAUAGAGCAGGCAGAAAGUUCCAUAAUGAGAUUAUGCAAGGAGAGUGAUUUAUCUUACAAGAAGAUUAUAGAAAUAGUCCAAGAACGUUGCCCAACUUUAAAAAUUACUUAUGACGGAUUCAAACGACGGAUGACUUCAUGGAGAAGUUCAGUAAGAUUAAAUCACGUAGUUGUUGGUGACUUUUUAAACGAUUUGAAUGAUUCAGACUUUUCAAAGGGGAAAAUUGUAGAUGAUGAUGAUAUUGCUGUAAUUAUUCAAACAGAUAGUCUCACAGAGCAUGUUGAAAGUACCACAGUGUUAUAUAUCGAUGAAUUUUAUAAGAUGACAUUUCGAAAAUUCGAUAUAACAAUCAUGACCUUAAGCAUUGAAAUUUCUAAAAAAGCUUGUGUAGCUUUUUAUGCUAUUUGUUCCAACUUAACGUCAUCUCUGCGACAAAUGAUUUUAAGUCAAAUAAAUCAAUUCGAUUGCUUCAAAAAUAUUGAACUGAUUAUUGGACCUUACUGCUCGGAAAUAGUAAAUGAUGUUACAUCAGUUUUUGAUGUAGAAUAUGCAGGAUCGUGGUGUCAAUUCAUUCAGGUACUAGUACAGAAAUGGAUAGUAUUGGAUAUUGGUCCAGUAUCUGAACAUAUUCUUUAUUACUUUGCAACAUUACCAGUGAUUCCAAAACAUGAAUACAUUAAUGCUGCAAUAGAAACCAAAGAUUUAGUUUCUUCUAAUUUAACUACAAAUACACAAAAAUUUGUGGACGAAACAUUCCAGAAUAUUAUUUUGGGUUCUAAAUUUGUUCCCCUUUUUGAAGGAAGAUCAGAAAGAUCCAAUGAUGUGAUCGAUAUAAUUAAUCAAUUGAUUAAAACAAAAUUAUUAAAUUCUAAAACCAGUGGAGAGUUUAUUGAAAAAUUAAAUCUUCUUGCAAGUAGGGAGAGUAUCGUCGGGAAGAAUGUUUCUUCAAUUAUUAAUAAUAAUAUAAAGGAUACCAUAGAACGGUUGAAUAAAAAUGCACUGACAAUCAAAAAUGCAGUAUUGUGUUUAGAAAAACACAUCAAAAAUUUCAUUCAUUUUCCGAAGAAAGAAAUGUUGAACAUUAAAACGCAUGAUUUUGAAAACCUGCGAGACAAAAUAUCAAUGACAGAAGGAAUAAAGGAUAAAGAUAACAAUCGUAAAACAGGAUCAAAAAGAAAACCAACAAAAAAUUCAAAAACUCAAAAAUCAGGAUGUCAAGAAACAGAGAAGAUAACGAAAUCUAAAGACAGUGAUAAAAAUAAAACUCAAAUUGUCAACAGAGAUAAUAGUUUCGAAUUUGAAGUUGAUUCAAGCCUUUCUCAGUCUUUAAAAGAAACUCGACAAUCAGUAUGUCAAGAAACAGAGAUGACAACUAAAUAUAAUAAUAGUAAUGAAGAUAACAAUCAAGCCAACAGAAACAAUAACUUCGAAUUAGAAAUUGACUUAAGCCUCUCCCCGGCUUUAAAAGAAACUCAAGACUCAAGAUGUCAGGAAGCGGAUGUGAUAAAUAAUUGUAAAGGUUGUGAGGAAAAUAACAUUCAAAUUUUCAACAUUAAUAGUUUCGAAUCUGACUCAAGCUUUUCCUUGACUUUAGAAGACAUUCCGGACUCAGAAACUGGGAGAGAAAAAUUGUUAACUAAUGAAAGUAAGCAACAAACUACCGUUGAAACUCUAUCACAUGCGGCAACCCAACUCUUUUCUCCAACAACAAGCGUAUUGAAAUUGUCGAAAAAUUUACUUCAACCUACAAAAUCAACAAUCCAGAAAACAAGCUUGUCCUUCUUACCUCAAACAUCACCUGAAGACUGUGAUGAAGUUAAUAAUAAACUUUUAUCUACUACAUCAAAUCUACUUCCUUCUCCACGAUUAAGCGUACUGCCAUCAUCGGAAAAUUCACACCAUUCUACAGAAUCUACAACCCAAACAACAAGGCUAUCAGGCUCACCACAGAAUUUAUCUGAAGGUUCUCAUGAAAUUAAUAAACAACCUAACAGUGAAUCUCCAGCUCAUGCGUCAAAUCAACUCUCUUCUCUAACAUCAAACGUAUUGAAAUUGUCGAAAAAUUUACUUCAACCUACAAAAUCAACAAUCCAGAAAACAAGCUUGUCCUUCUUACCUCAAACAUCACCUGAAGACUGUGAUGAAGUUAAUAAUAAACUUUUAUCUACAACAUCAAAUCUACUUCCUUCUCCACGAUUAAGCGUACUGACAUCAUCGGAAAAUUCACACCAUUCUACAGAAUCUACAACCCAAACAACAAGGCUAUCAGGCUCACCACAGAAUUUAUCUGAAGGUUCUCAUGAAAUUAAUAAACAACCUAACAGUGAAUCUCCAGCUCAUGCGUCAAAUCAACUCUCUUCUCUAACAUCAAACGUAUUGAAAUUGUCGAAAAAUUUACUUCAACCUACAAAAUCAACAAUCCAGAAAACAAGCUUGUCCUUCUUACCUCAAACAUCACCUGAAGACUGUGAUGAAGUUAAUAAUAAACUUUUAUCUACUACAUCAAAUCUACUUCCUUCUCCAGGAUUAAGCGUACUGUCAUCAUCGGAAAAUUCACACCAUUCUACAGAAUCUACAACCCAAACAACAAGGCUAUCAGGCUCACCACAAAAUUUAUCUAAAGGUUCUCAUGAAAUUAAUAAACAACCUAACAGUGAAUCUCCAGCUCAUGCAUCAAAUCAACAUUUAUCAAGCUUAUUCAAAUCGUCAAAAACGUCAAGUAAAUCUUUAAAUUUAUCAGCAACAACAAUACAAUCCCCUUCCUUCCGAAAAUUAUCAACUGAUUUAGGUACACAUUUUAAAUCUGAAAAUACCAAAGAUAAAAGAACAAUUCGUUCACAGAUGUUUAAACUUGUCAAAAAAGUCAAUGAAACAAACAAUUAUACAAGAUCUUUGUUUUACAGGAGUUGCUUAUCCGAUCGCAUUCAUUUGCCUAAUUAUUCUUCACUACAUUCAAACAGACGAUUUGAACCUCUACCGUCAACAUCAAAUCAAUCCCAGUUUUCGCGACACUUACCAAACCGAUUUCGAUCAAAAACAAAUUUACCUCAUUUUUCACAAUCCUCGAGAGUAUCCAAUUUCUCUCCACAUUCAUCAAAAGAUUCAAGAACAUUACAUCGUUCUCGUUCUCCACGUUCCUCUUCUAAUCGAUCGCAAAACUCUAGGAUAUUACCCGAUACGUCUCAAAAUUUAACUCGAAAUUCAGAAAGACACUUACAAUCUUCAAGAAUGACAUCACGUCCUUCUCAUUACCCAUAUUCUUUAUCAAGUCGGUUAGAAAAUAUAAGCAGAGCAUCCGGAUCCUCUCGAAAUUUAACUUCAAAUUCAGAAAGACACUUACAGUCUCCAAGAAUGACAUCACGUCGUUCUCGUUCCCCAUAUUCUUUAUCAAGUCGGUUAGAAAAUAUAAGCAGAGCAUCCGGUUCCUCUCGAAAUUUAACUUCCAAUUCAGAAAGACACUUACAGUCUCCAAGAAUGACAUCACGUCGUUCUCGUUCCCCAUAUUCUUUAUCAAGUCGGUUAGAAAAUAUAAGCAGAGCAUCCGGUUCCAAUCGAAAUUUAACUUCCAAUUCAGAAAGACACUUACAGUCUCCAAGAAUGACAUCACGUCGUUCUCGUUCCCCUUAUUCUUUAUCAAGUCGGUUAGAAAAUAUAAGCAGAGUAUCCAGAUCAUCUCGAAAUUUAACUCCAAAUUCAGAAAGACACUUACAGUCUCCAAGAACGUCAUCAGAUCGUUCUCGUUCCCCUCGUUCCUCGUCUAGUCGAAUCAAUAAAAGAUAAUCAUUUAUAUUUAAGUUAUUGUUUAUGUAAUGUAAUGAAAUUACUUUAAAAAAAUUACAAGUUAAUAUUAAUAUAGUUUAAGUAUAUACGUUCUAUAAAAUACUGAAAUAAAUUUUUUGAUAGAUUC